AUGUCCAAUCCACUAAUGUCCCUUGCCGAAAAGACGGCACAUAAGAGAAACCUUGUGAAAAUAAGGCUAGCAAGAUUUGGACGAAAACAUCAACCAAUCUUCAACGUUGUUGUCAUGAAAGCAAAGAAAGCACAACAGAAGUUACCAAUCGAAGUCAUAGGCACAUACAAUCCUGUUCCUACACCACAGCCGUCAUUUGACCAUAGCACGCCAAUUAAAGAUAUAAGUUUGGACUUCCACAGGGCCAAGUAUUGGAUUGGUAUGGGCGCUGAACCCACACCCAAAGUUGCAUGGUUGUUUAAGAAAGCUGGUAUUUUGCCCAACUUUUGGCCAAAGACAAGUAAAUUGUCUCAAGAGAUCAAUGCGCCGGUGGUUGAAGAUGUUAAGGAGGCGCAGGAACUUCCAGUUGAUAUGGUGAGGAGAAGAGGCGAUAAAAAGUAUUAA